AUGGCUUUACAAAAAGUCAAUCUGUUGCCCGUGGCGCUCAUUAAUCACUCCAAACGUUUCUUCUCAACAACGACACGAAGAUGUAAAACAUUCGCCCAAAAAUAUCGUGAAUUUUGGUCACCGAAAUCGGGUAAUCAACCACCAUAUGGACAUUUCACCCAAGUUGGAGAUCCUGUCCUUAGAUCUAAAGCUGUUGAUGUUCCCGCAGAUGCUAUUAAUAGUAAAGAAAUCGAUUUGAUUAUUGACCAAAUGGUGAAAGUUCUUCGGAAAUAUGAUUGUGUGGGUAUUGCAGCACCACAAAUUGGUGUAUCUUUGAGAAUUAUUGUCAUGGAAUUUCGUGAAGGUCUGAAGGAUAAAUUUAAAAAGGAAGUCUAUGAAGCGAGAAAAAUGUCACCGCUUCCAUUGACGGUCAUGAUAAAUCCUACAUUGAAAGUAACAAACUACACAAAACACAAACAUCCUGAAGGUUGUAUGAGCGUAAGGGGAUAUUCAGCUGAGGUUGAACGUUACGAAUCGGUAACGCUAACGGGUAUUGGUAAACGUGAUACCCCCAAUGAAUUACAGCUGAACGGUUGGAAUGCCCGAAUUGCACAACACGAAAUGGAUCAUUUAGAUGGAAAACUUUACAUAGAUCAAAUGGACGGUAUGACGUUUCAUUGCACCUGUUGGGAGGCUGUAAAUUCAAAGGCGGGACGUGUUGAAAUACCAUUUUAUAAAUAA